AUGGCAUCCAUCUUCACCUAUGACCCAGACCCACCUCGGGUGUCGUCUCCGUGGUCAACUUCGGGUUCAUCGACGCCCCAAAUCAAUGCAACUGGGGGCCGGAGCUUGCCUGUCCGCACGCGUUCCAGCACCACUUUACUAAAUGCGGACCCUGACUUGUUAUCCAAUUAUGGAAUAUCCAAACUGGAGCCCGAACCCCAAGAGGGCCCCACAGAGUACAAAUUGCACCUUCUUCUUCGACCCAGGCGCCCUUAUCUGUCCAUGUCAACGGGGCACGUAAUAGCGGGCUCGUAUCAUUACCGCGUUACUCCAACCACUUCUAUAUCCGCAUCUCCGGGCUCAGAAGUAGCUCCACGGCCCAUGCAGGCCAAGUCAAGCCAAAGCCGACAUCAACGACUACAAGGCUUGACAACCCAGCUACUCUGGCGUUUACAGCAAUCUUCGCCUUUUCACUCAUCUACCACCUCCAAUCUUGUGGUUCCUGUUCUCCCUGAGGCAACGCUGGAAUUGGGCGUGCCCUGUAAACCUGCCCGAUUGCUCCCGGGUCUUGAGGAGAGUCAAGGUGCCUUGUACGAGAUUGGCGUCGCCGAUGAUGGCACUUUUGUAGGCCUCACUCAGGAUGAGCUGGAUGAGAGCGUGAGGAAUUUACAGGCAAUGGCUGCUAGUCUGGGGUGUAAGGUUGAGAUUCUUCGCCGAGUGGUGGUUGGUAAGUGUGAGUGGGCUGAGGACUUGCCAUCUGCGCCUGUCGACCCAGCCGAGACUAAUACUGAAAGUCUUUGGGUCGCUGAGGCUCUGGUGAGCCCCGAUUUGGACUUCUAUAAUAUCUCCCGGAUCAAGUCCAAAAAUGACCCAGAUUCCGCCGCACUCUCAGAAUCUGGCAAACUGUCGGUCUCGAAUGAAGAUUACUCCCACACAGAGCAGAUUCGCAUUUCUCUUGCAGGUCCGAGCACUGCAGGAAAGUCUUCUCUUUUGGGUACGUUGACUUCUUCUGCGCUUGACAAUGGAAGGGGUAAGAGCAGGUUGAGUUUGCUCAAGCAUCGGCAUGAGAUAUCAUCAGGUAUCACCAGCUCGGUAGCCCAGGAACUGAUUGGUUAUACGGAUGAUGUCCCAUCAACAGUGGUCAACUAUGCCUCUGGUAAUGUUGCAGGCUGGGAUGAUAUACAUGCCUCCUCGAAAGAGGGUCGUUUGGCAUUUGUAUCUGAUCUUCCCGGCUCAAUUCGAUAUCUCAAAUCUACCCUGCGAGGGCUUGUGAGCUGGGCUCCACAUUAUGUGAUGCUUUGCAUUCCGUCUAAUUGCGGAGACGAGACGCCUGAUAGUGAGCAGACAGGAACUGAACAAUCAGAAAUUGAUACCUGUCUGUCCUAUCUAGAACUUUGCCUGAAGUUGGAAGUCCCCGUGUUGAUUGUCAUCACUAAAUUGGACGUUGCUUCCCGCAGCGGACUGCGAGACAAUCUGACCAGGGUUCUAUCUGCUCUUAAAACAGCUGGACGACAACCUGUGAUGCUUCCAGCAUCGCCUGCGGGUGACAAACCACUUGACCUUCAGCAAAUUAGCACGACGGAUAGCUCUCAAGUACAGAAAGUGAUUGCUUCUACUGAGGGGAAAUGGGCACACACUGUGCCAAUUAUGCUUACGAGUGCCGUGGAUGGCUCUGGCAUUGGGAAACUCCAUGCGUUCCUUCGAUCCCUUCCAAUUCCCGCGCAACCAAGCCAGAGAACUCUCCACUCUCCCGAAGGAAACCCGGCAUCUAGAGAAUCCGCCAACAUCUUCGAUGUGGAUGAAGUCUUUGCAAUCCCUCCGUCCAAAGUCUAUUCAAUGGACUCGGAGAAGGGAACUCAGGAGAACCGCGGCAUGGUUCUCUGCGGUCUAGUCCGCCGAGGGACUAUCUCUAUUGGCGACGAAUUGGUUAUCGGUCCUAUAUUGGUGGACAGCUCGAUUGACCAAAUCAAUGAACCACAUGUGGCCGGUAGCUCAUUGUCCCGCAGUGGGCCCGGUCCCUCAGACAAUCUCCCGGUAUUCCUCCCACAGAGCUCAUUGUCCGGAAAAGAUUCACACGCAAAAUGGCAGCGUAUCCGCGUUGUCAGCGUAAGAGACCUCCGACUGUCCGUGCGCCGUCUCGUGAGAGACCAAGUAGGAACAAUCGGAAUUGAACCAAUCGGGGUUUCAGAGGAUGGCCGUCCACUCCGUCUUGGCCGGAUUCGAAAAGGCAUGGUCCUCGCAAACUUCUCGGUCCCACCCUUGAGCUUGAAUAGUAUCUCGCCCGCCUCGUUAUUGACGCUGCCAUUUCACACCGGCUUCACCGCUACCUUCCGAUCUACUGAGUUCUCCGCUCCAAACUCACCGCCACUAUUGCUUGGCGGAAACGCCAUAGCCUAUCUCGCCAACAUCCGCACUACAGUUCGUGUCAUCUGCAUGGCGCUAACGGGAACCGGCGAAGAGGUAUCUUCCGGGCCGUCUGAGCCUGAGUUCUUCAGCUUUGAUGGUGACGCCCAACCUCCUAGGGAGAAACCAAACGAAAAUGGUAUAAUAAACAAUACGAUGGACGGCGCAGCCGAUGUGGUUCGUCGCCGUCCCUCGGCAACAGAUAUCAGCAAAAUCAUGUCUGGCACCUCGUCUGCUUCCAUUGUCGGAGUUGCUUCUUCUGCUGAAGCUCUGAACGAAGAUGUCAAGAUUACCUUUGCGCUGGUGUCGUCUGUUGAAUGGGUAGAACUUGGAUCUCAGAUUCUUGUUAUGCCUGGUGUCUCCAUAGCUUCUGCCUCGUCCCAAUCUGGGGCUACAUUAGCAUCUGCGCCCGGCUCUAGCCCUGCCGCUGGGAUGAUUCCGAUGUCCGGGCUGGAAGGGUUUGUAGGAACGGUCUGUGAGGUCGUUUCUGGGAGGGUUCCAGUUGCUGAUGGCUAG